AUGAAUAUUUUCCGUAUACUUGCGGAUCUCUCUCAUCUCGUAUCCAUCCUGAUACUCCUACAGAAGAUGAAAUCCUCACACAGCUGCUCAGGCAUAUCAUUCAAAUCGCAAGCACUUUAUCUGAUUGUCUACGCAACCCGCUACCUAGACAUAUUCUGGACCUUUACUACCGGCUCGGUCUACAAUACUACCUUUAAACUCCUUUUCCUGGCCUCACAAUCCUACACCAUCUACCUAAUGCUCAACGACUACAAACCUACUCAUGACCUUAAUAUCGAUACUUUCAAGGUUCAAUAUCUACUUGGUGGCAGCGCAGUCCUCGCAGUCCUGUUUCCGUAUCGCUAUCAAAUUACAGAAAUCCUUUGGUCAUUUUCCAUCUGGCUCGAAUCUGUCGCAAUUCUCCCCCAACUAUUUAUGCUUCAGCGAACUGGUGAAGCCGAAACCAUAACCACGCACUAUCUCUUUGCAUUGGGCCUGUAUAGGGCGUUAUAUAUUCCCAACUGGCUCUACAGGUACUUUGCGGAGGGAUACGUGGACCAAAUAGCUUGGGUGGCGGGGCUCGUGCAGACCGUGCUGUAUUCGGAUUUCUUCUGGAUUUAUUACACCAAAGUGCUGCAAGGAAAGAAGUUCAAUUUGCCUGUAUAA